AUGUCAGAAAGAGGCAGAUCGAGCUCGCCACGCCCGCUGCGCGACGCAGAGAUGGCCGUCGACUCGGAAAAACCCAACGCAAAAGUGGUCAUCGUCACCAACCUCACGCGCAACGUCGUCAAGGCGCACCUCCAGGUCAUCUUUGGCGUCUACGGAGACGUCGCAAAAAUCGACCUCCCGGUAUACGGCAAAUCCGGGCAGAAUAGAGGGAAGGCCGCUGUGGAGUAUGCUGAGUCCCAGGCGGCAAGAAAGGCGGCGUCGCAUAUGGAUGGAGGCCAACUUGACGGCGCGGUCCUCAAAGUCGAACUCUCCGAUCUCCCUGCGCAGAGGGGACGACGGAGGCUACCGUGGCCGGGGGAUGGGACGGCGACCGCCACCAAGGGACUAUCGCCCCCCUCGCUCUCCCAGUCGCUCAAGAACACGCUCAAGAUCCCCUAUCCGUCGCAGGAACUCCCGUCUGGGACCACGCAGAAGGUCACCCAGCUACACGAGAGGUGGAUACGGCAGGAGACGCUCGAGGUCCCGCAGCUACUCCGUGCGCUCCAGUCGCUCCCGUACAAGAUCUGUCUCCCGUUCGCGUUCGCGCUCCCGCUCCCGGUCACGGUCAAUGUCCUAUUCUUCUUAUUCGAGAUACAGCCGCAGCAGAAGUCGCUCUAG